AUGCAAGUUUCAAUCAUGAGAAUCUCGCAAUCUUUUUGUCUCAAUGCCACCCAUUCCAUUUCGUCCAGAAGCGAUGAAGUAUUAUAUACUUUGGUCACUCGCCAUUUUCAAACAGGAAAAGGAUUCCCUGUUGCAUACAUGGUGACAAACAACCAGACAGCCAUACCCAUCAAACUUUGGCUUGACCACCUUCGCAUCAAAAGCAGCUUUGUACCAAUGAAUAUCACCAUUGACUGUAGCAUUAUGGAGGUUAAUGCAAUCAAAGAAGCAUUACCUCAUGCUAUAAGUCACUACUGUGAUUUUCAUGUUCUUUGUACUUGGCAGCACAACCUUGACAGCAAGAUUAAACUUAAUGCCUCUUAUACAUCAGAACAACUUGGAAAUUAUAAGACUGCGCUGAAGUACUACCUGAGACACAUUCUCAUCAAGUCCAAUGAAGAUGUAUUCCUAAGAGCAAUUGAAGGUUUUAAACUGAUGGUUCAGGAUCAACCUCAGUUUUUGAAAUAUUUUGAGAAGAAAUGGACCAAGAACAAAGAAUUGUUGCAAAGAUGGGGGCGCCCAUAUGUUAGCCAACAACAUCAGAGAUAUGUGACAAACAACUAUGUAGAAUCAUGGCACAAUCAACUCAAGACAAUCUACUUUGGUUGUGCACGCAUCAGAAGAUUGAAUCGACUGAUUUUUAUCUUGACAAAUGAUGUGAAGUUCUAUUUUGAACAAGAGGUUGAGUGUAUUCACUUCAACAAUGGUAAGAUGGGUCCCAUUGAUAAUGAGUUAGCAAGAAAUUCUUUUGUUGCUUCAAAAAUCCAAAAUGACAUGCUCCCUUCCAUGAUUCUCAACCCUUUGGGUGAGACUGGUAACAGCAUGGAUGAUUAUAAUGGUGAGUGGCAAAUAAGAUCUUUCCUGCACCUGCCCGAACUUUCUGACCUGCCAGAUCCCAUGCAAGCAUUUACAUUUGUUGAAGCAUUACUGUGA